CAACACCACACUGGCUCGAACAAAAAGCGCUAUUUCUUUUUAGACUUCCCCUCAAAGCCUCGCUUGAACUUUCUCUGUUUCCUGUACUUGGCGGAUUAAGCUGAAGUGGGGAUUGAAUUCUUGCCUGUCGUUCCCAGUGACCGUCAGGUGCCCGAAAGAAGUGCCCGAAAGAACAUCGAUGACUUGCUCUUGCACCAGAUGAACAGACCGUCAACCUAGAAACAAAGUGCUAUGCAUCCACUACAAUGCAUUAUCCUCUCUCUCAUAUCCGACCCCUCACAUGCAUCAUGACAUCGCACAAAAACCCAAUCGGAGAAAAGCGACCAGGCCAGCCUCGAUGCUCUGCAGCUAACAUAGCGUGAAGUCCACAGACCAGCCGUCCGGAAACCCAUACAACAACAUCGCAAAGCGCCUCAAUUGACUAUCCAGGCCUUCACCACGUCCCUGGAACAAGAAAACUGAAGACGUGGCGUGCACCUACCCCAGAUCUGGAUGUGAGCUCGUGAAAAGCUGACUGGUAGUGGUGUUUUGUUAUCGUAAGUAUGGGAUAGGCGCGACCCGUCGCGACCUUGUCGAAGCCACAUAUCAAGCGCAUUUCCUUGCAGCUAUGGAUAAGAGGCUUCUGCACCCCUCUGCAUUUGAGGGGUUUGGAUCAGGAUUUUGGCAACUGCUGAGUGUUUUGUUACCCCUCAAUGAGGUAGAGAGCCGUAAUGGCGAACACUUCCUCGCAUUACAACGGCACUCCGUUACACAUCAUUUGCUAUGUCUUCUUGGUCAUUACAUAUGUUGCUGUUUUGCUUCGUGUGUUUGUUCGGUUGAGGAUUACAAAGGGGUUCCAGAUUGAUGAUUGGCUGAUGGUUGUUUCUCAAAUCAUCUUCACUGUCUCUUGUGCAUUUGUCCUCUUCGGAAUCCAACAUGGCAUAGGAAGACACAAUGCAAGUCUCUCGACUCAGAACCAAAUCGACGGUCUCAAAGUACGCAGGCCCUACCUCCAUCCCAAUCCACAACACAACUGACCCAAGCUAGUUCCAAGCAUUCACAACAAUAUCCUACGUUGCCAAUAUGAUGACCCUCAAACUUAGCAUCGCCAUCUUCCUCCUACGAAUUGCGGUUAGGCCACUAUAUAUUUGGAUUCUACGCAGCAGUAUCGUCGUCGUAGCCAUCUGGUCAUUCGUCAUCUUCAUGUACGACAUCUUCCAAUGCUUGCCUGUACAAGCACAAUGGGAUUUCACGAUUGAGCAUCCAAAAUGCGUGACUGGGACAUCGUUUGUGGCGGCUGCAUAUUCGAUUUCGGUCAUGACGAUUGUGACGGAUUGGUUGUAUGCGCUGUUACCGAUCCCGAUGUUGUGGUCGGUGCAAAUGACCACACAGGCGAAGGUUACAGUGGCUUUCAUUCUCUCGCUGGGUAUCUUUGCCAGCAUAGCAACACUCAUCCGCCUUCGCUACCUCAUCGAACUCACCGAUCGAUCAGAUGUCCUGUACGCAGCAACACCCGCCACAAUAUGGACCAUCGUCGAACCCGGUCUCGGCAUCACCGCCGCCUCACUAAUCACCAUCCGGCCCCUCCUCAAAUCCUUCAACCUCCACGGCUUCCAACACCCCUCCUCAAACUACAACUCUUCAUCCCAUGCACGAACCCAACGUCAAAGUUUGAAUUUGAAUCCAUAUCAUAGUCAUAGUGAGACUUGGACGUGGACGAAUAGUACGGUGUCGAGUCCCGGGUUGAAGGAGGGUGGGAGGUGGUGGAUUGGUGGGAAGGGAUUGGGAUUGGGAUUGGGACUGGGAGAAGGGAAUGGCAGUGGAAAGGUGGUUGUGAGGGAGAGAGUGCUUGAGAGUGAUGUGGGUGUUGUGCUUGGUGGGGGGGAGAGGGAUGGGGGGAGUGAGGAGUGUAUUCUUGAGGGGAAGGGAGGGGGGAUUAGGAGGACGGUGGAUUUUGUUGUUGAGAGGGAGAGGGAGUCAAAUGGGGGGUUGGAGAGUGUGUAG